CCUUACACUCCUUUUUCACCCAAAAAACAACCAUGUGGUUCAUCGGAAAGAUCCGGGAGAGCAUGGAGAGCAUUCCUCUUGAGCUGAGUCGCUACAUGGAGAAGAGCGAGGAGGACUCUAAAGCCAGUCUCACUCACAAUCUGCCGAACAACAUCCUCACCCCAGACAAGAUCCCCGAGUUCUGCCUGCCGCCGCGGCUUUGCAAGAGGAACCUGCUGCAGGAAGUGGAAACUAUGGCAUCUCUGCAGCACAGUCAGACACCUAAGAGUAGCACUUCUUCUUCAAACGCCACAAGGAAGGAGGAUAUGAAGAAGAAACAUGGAGAAGCGUCGGCGGCUUUACAAAGGAAGAAGCCCUUGCCGUUUUCUGCAGAGGCAUACGGCCUGGUCGGGAUGUAUGAGCGUCCAAACACACGGAGGAAAGAGUCUUUGUUCCACCACUCAAAGUGCCCCGCUUACAUGUUGGAUAGAAGCGUUCCACCAAAGCUGUCAGAGGAGAAGUACCAGCAGAAGAAGACUUCAUCAGGGUUCCUCCCUCUGUUUUUGUGCAAGAGCCUGUCUGAGACGGGAAGCACAGAAAGUGAAACGCAUUCUUCCAGCGACUCCUCUCCCCUCAGUUCACCCUACAGCGCGAAAUCCUCCCUCUACAGAGGCCGUCUCAAGGGAGCAACAUCCUGUCCUUCUUUGAUUGACAACAGGGAGGAUAGAGGGAGGUGGAAGAGGAAGAUGGGGUUUCUAAGUCUGACCACCUCUCCAAGUAGCCCUCCAAAAUUAGAGGGAGGCUUUCUGGCCUCAGCCCCGUCUGUCCCCUUCCCUCUGCACGACCAGCGAGAGCAUCUCCUCUCUUUGAACGGGCGAGGUAAAGUGCACCUCCUCGCUGAGCUCACCACAUCCUCCCCCAGUAAUAACUCGUACUUUUCCACAGUCAGAAUCCGUGUGAUGUCUGUGGAAGGUAUAUAUAACCAGACUGAUCGACGGGCCCUGAACUGUGCGCUGAGUCUGUGUCUGACCCCCGGGAUGCUUCAGCAACAGGAGAGCACCAGCAUCAGGAACUGCCGCAGCCCUGUGUUUAAUGAGGAUUUCUUCUUCUCAAAGCUCAGUAGAGAGGAUCUGGUGGAGCUGCAGCUCAGGUUGAAAGUGAUGGAUAAGCCUGCGGCUGCAGCACAGAGGAGAGGGGUUGUGAUCGGACUGAUCACCACACCGCUGUCUCAGCUACUCGAUCUUAAACAUGGGUAGAUUAAAAACCUAUUUUGCAAGGGCGCCGAUACCCUAGUGGUUAUGAUGCACGCCCCAUGUACAGAGGCAAUAGUCUUCCAUGGGUUUGAAUCUGACCUCCGCCCUUUGCUGCAUGUCGUCCC